AGCGACCUCUUUCUUUGGGUUAUUGUAUACUAAACUUGCUCAUAUUUCUAGAAUACUAGAUUAUAUAGUUUUUCAAAUUAUAUUCUAGUUUCAUAUACAAUUUAAUGUAGAAGGUUAAAAUACCCACGAAUCAUAAGUAUGUAUCAAUAUUAAACAAUAACAGUAGACUAAUAAUAUUUGUUAAUUUCAUAGGCUUAGGAGAAUCACCAAAUCUCGAUAGCAAAAAAAAUAAAAAAAAGUCAACUCACUGUGAGACUUUUUUGACAAUUUUUGUAAACAAUUUUUUUUACACUUGCAACGAUUGAUCUAGAUUUAGAUCUAAAAUAGAUCUAGAAUUAUGUUUUUGUUUGUAUAAUUUUAUAAUGAUUCAUGAUAAAAAUGGCAAUAAUGAAUAAAUGAUACAAUUUUAAUUAAAUUUUUUUAGGUAGGCUGAGGCAUAAAAAAAUGAUAAACUAAAAAAUUAGCUAGGCCCUCUAACUUUGGUAGGCCUAGAAUCUAAAAUUAAAUAUUUUUUAUUGGUUUGGAUUUGAUGUCAACCAUCAUAAACCACAACUUACAUCAGACAACAUAUGAUAAACCAAAAUCAAAUAGGCUUAUUAAAUACCACGUCAAAUUAUUCAGGCCAAUAGAUUACCUACAUAAAUAGUUUUAAAAGAAAUCACAAACAAAAUGAGUUUAGUAGAGUUAGCAACCUUUCGAGGAGUUAGUCCUAGAUCCAUAAACAAGCUGUAUAAUUUACACCACUGUUUACUGUGUUUAGCUCAUUUUGAUAAACAACCAGUCCGCUACCAACACCUUGAUCAAAAUCAAAGUAAUAGGCAGGCGUGCUCAUGGUAUUACUAUACGAGGCCUCCUUAGUAUUUUUUAUGCGAUGCUUAACAAUAUGCUCGCAUAGUAUGUAGAACAUACUUCAUUAGCCUGUUCUGUAAGUACAAUAGGCCAACAGUGUUAAAUAUAAUCCAUCGCAAGCUGUCCAGAACAGGAUUUGUGUGCUGUAAAAGAUACCCUGAAUUAUCUGGAGACCAAACAAAAAAAGAACCAUAUAAGCGAACAGUCUUAUAUCUAUUAACUGGAAUAUCAGCCUAGUAAUUGUAUGCUUAGUUCUUUAAAGCAGAUCAUUAAUAAAGUUAAGCCUAAAGGAAGAAUGAAUGUUAUUAACUCAAAGCUCCAAAGAUUGAUGCUACAGUCACAGGCUUUCUUUUCCUACUGUUGAACUUCUACGUUCUGCAGGCAUCUUCAAGACUUCUAUGAAAAAAACGGAGUUGUAGCACACACUGUAUUUUAUUUAGUCUGUUUUCACCUAGGGCUGUUGUUCCUGCUACGAUACUACUUUUCAUGUAUUGUCAGCUGAACUUAAUGCUACUACUUUUAACACAUACUUUACUUUAGACUUGAAAUUGAGGAAAAAUUAUAGGCUAAAAAAAUGGUAUACAAACUGAAAUGGGAUGCAAUGUUAACAGAUCAAGGCUCUAAAUAAAUACUGAUGUUGUAGUUUCCUUUGCUUUUUAUUUUCUUUCUAGAUUACAUGUUGUAUAUUUUGUAAAACAAUACAUUUAAAAAAACCAACAAAUUAGAUAAUGAGUGGUUUCCAUUUCAAAUUAAUUAAGAAUAACAAAUCAUCCUACACAUGUUUAGAUAAUAAUUUAACAGAUUUGGCUGAAACUUUUGUAUUAAAAAUUAUUUUUUCUAGAAGUAGUUAAAAGUUUUGCCUAGUUAAAUAUUAGAACAGUUAAUUGAUGAAUCAGCAGUUGUAUAUCCUAAAAGAGUAGUUUAUAGCCAAAUGCUUUUGGUAUUAGUGUAACUUAUUUAGAGUUCAUUUUUUAAAUUGUAUUGUAUAUCAAAUUUCUCAGUUACAAUAAUAGGUACACUUUUAAGAGAAAAAUUCUGAUUUUUAAACUAAGUUAUUCUAGAAAACAAUAGCUUGAAAUAAUUUAUUAUGAUGUUUAUUGGAAAUUGAAUGCUGUCAGUUAGGUUUUUUUUGUCUGCUGUGUUUUAUUCAGCACUUUACCUCAUUGUUAUUUUUUUUUACAACUUGUACCGAUAUGCAACUUUCAUCCUAACUUUGUGUUGAUCAUUGUACUUCUCGAUAGCUUUGUUCCUUACUUUGGCAAUUGUACCUAAUUUUUUGUCCGUUAUUUGUUUUAACAUGAAUGAAUAAUUAUUACGCUAAUCACUAUUUAAAGCAAGUGUUCCUUCUAAGAAACAGUUUAGAUUUUUGAUUUGAUUCAAUAAUUCAAAAUCAUAAUACAUUAAAAUUAGAAACAAAAUAAGUGCCAUUAGCAUAUUAAUAAGAAAGUGAUUUUUGUCUAGUGUCUUUUAAAAAAAAUAACAAUAAAGGGAGAUAAAUAGGGGUCAUAGGAAUAAGUUUUUUGACUAGUGUUUUAUGGAGUUAGCAAAUAUUUUUCAACUUGGCACUAAUUUUACAUGUAAGUGGGUUGGGGCUCAUAGCGUGGAUCAGAUACAUUUAUCACAAUCUGAUCCUGCUGAGUAUGAGUUGCCGAGUAUGAUGGUUACACAAGCAGGCAUGAUGGUAUCUCGCUGAUACUGACACAUGUUUGUGAAUUGGCCAUGUCCUUAUUGUGGAUGCCAUAUCCCUUGAGUUUUGCUAAACCCAUCUUCCAACAUCAAGGCCUAUCAUUCAUCUUUUUGUUUCUUUGUCCUCUUUGUGGACUUGCUUUGGUCUGAUUAUCUUGAUAAAACUAACAGCUAUCAAUACCUUUAUUAGAGAAAAAUGGCCACUAUCGGCGAUGACUGCUAUUUUUUCUGCACAUCAUCAUGUGCAAAGGGGGCUGCUUGUCCAUUUAGACAUGUAGAGUCAGCCAAAACUGCAAAAAUUAUUUGUCAACACUGGGAGAUGGGAGGAUGCAUGAGGCCUAUGUGUAAAUUCAGACAUUCUAAUUUUAAGCUUCAAGUUGAUUCAACAGAAGUUCCAUGCUAUUGGGAAUCACAACCAGUUGGUUGCACUAAGCCAAACUGUCUUUAUAAACACUCCAAGCCAAGAUCUCAAAUUUCUCCUGCAGCUCCAGUGACAAACACUGUACCCAGUAGUACAGCAACUGAACCUUCAGUGACAACACCAAUCACAUCAUCUACAACACAAAACAUUGUACCACCCUUGGUUAAACCAGUUGUCAUACAACCAGCGACAGAAUCUGAUGAAAGCAAUACUUCACCAGUUAAGCUCGCAAUAGGGCAAGGAAGUGGCCAGGUACCUACAAAAGAAAGUGUUCCUAAUCCUGAAGACAACCAGAAGACAACAAACCAGGAAAACACAAAACAGGAAACAAAAGCUGUGAAAGUGAAUGUUAAAGACAAAUCUACUAAACCCAAAAUGAAAGUUAAAAAAGUGAAAGUAAAUCCAGGGAAGAAACUUGUUAAAGCUAAAGAAGAUAUGCUUGGCGUAAAAGCCAAACAGUUAGGUAAAAAAAUGAAGAAUCCUAAUGUACAGAAGAAAAGUGUGAGGGAACGACUUGGUGCAGCCCCAGUGCAGACAGCUGAACCUCCUGCUGUUGAAAGCAGUGAAAGUGAAUCUGAUUCUGAUUCUGAUGACUCCAUUGAAAAUAUCAAAGUAAUGUCUAUGGAGGAGAUUUUUAGACAAAAAGCGUUAGAGUCGAUGCUUAAAAAGAGAGCCGAAAAUAAUACUCAGACAUCACAAUUGGCAACUACUCCAAGCUCUGUUAUUGUGGAGAAAAAAACACCACCAGUUGCAGCAUUGGCUGAAAGCUCAUCUGCCACCACCACCUCCUCGUCAUCAUCAGAAGAAGAAGAAGAAGAAACUUCUGAUGAAAAGGAGACAACAAUGAAGGCAUCAUCUGAUUCUGAUUCCUCAAGUUCUAGUUCUGACAGUGAGGAAGAGGAGGAGGAUGAUGAUGAUGAAUUUGAACCGGAUGUUAGAAGAGUCAUUGUCCAGGAAGAAAAUGAAAAAGUUGCAAGGAAAAGAGCACAUGCAAGUCUACAAAAGAAACAAAUUUCCGUACAUCCACCUGUAACAAAGGGAAAGAAAAUGUCUAAUGCCAGGGUGCCAGUUAGGCAGAAUGCUGCAGUAUCCAGCAAACAAGCAGUCCUCAAAAAGCGAAAGGUCAAUGUUGAUUAUGAUUCUGAUGACAUUGUGUCUUGUCGUGUGAAGGAACCACUUGUUUUGAAUGUUAGGGAUCGCCUCGGAAACUCCCUCAAUAAUAAAAAAGCUGUUAGUGCUAGCGUACAGUCAAGAUCAGAAAGGCUUGAGCUUUCUAGUGGAAUACCCAAGAGAGAGGCCAAUUCUCCUCAUAAAAGUAAAAUUGUAAAGGUGUCAAAGGGCAACUCCGACGAGGAGCAGAACCCUCUUGCAGACAUCAAGAUCAAAACUCUGGAAGAAAUCAGACAAGAAAAAAUGAGAAAGCUGGCCUCCCAGCAGCGCUUAGAAAAUAAACAGCAGUCUACUGUCAAACAAAGACUAGGUCUAAAACAAAAUGAUUCUGAUACCAAGGGAAGACAAAUUCUAAUUAUUAGUGGUUCCAAGUCAGAUGAUGCUGAUAAUGCUGGAAUAACGGAAGAGCAAAAGAAAGCUAAGAAAAGACCUUGGAGAACACAGAAACGUGGGGUGGAUCAAGUUAAUAUUGGUGAUGGAGGGGAUGGAGGCAGAACGACGUUGUUGAAACAGAGGCAGGUGUCUGCCGAUGGAGAUAUGCCAGAAGAAGAAGAACAAAGCAUUGAAGAGUCACCCUUUGAGAGAUUGAGGAGAAAAGCUCUGAUAAAAAAGAAGAAAACAAUUGAAGCUAAAAGAUUAAAACUACAUGCAUCAGUGAAUGAAGAACAUGAUCUAAGAAUUCAAGCCUCCCCAAAAAGACAAGUUUUACAAGACUUUGAAGAUCUAGCUGGGGACAAUGAUGAGGCAGUGGAGGAAGAAGUUGUCAACUCUAGCAACAAGAAACAUAAACAUAGGCACAAACAUAAACAGGAUAGAAAAUCAAAGACAGAGAGACAAAUUUAUGUACCUCCAGCUAUGAAAAGCUCUGCUUUGAAAGAAGAAGACGUGACAAUGAAAGAGGCUGUGGUGGCACCAACAGCCAAAGUAGCCCCACAGAAAAGGGGCCCUCACCCCAUAGCAGCAGCCUGGGCUGCUGGCUUGACAUUGUCAGCUAAAGGUACCCAGGGCAAAAGGCCUGCUGUCGAAGUGAUGCCUAUCUCUGAGAGGCUGGGAACCAAUGAAAAGAUCAGGGUUGUUUCCAGGCUGAAUAUUAAAGAAAACUCCCCUGAAAAGAAAUGCACUAAAAUUCAAACAAAUGAACAAAUAGAACAGCCAACUGAAGUGACCAUAAAGUCAUUUUCUGAAAUCAUGGCUGAGAAGCGCAGAAAGAGACUGGAGAUGCAGGCCCAAAAGUCUGGUGCUAAUGCUUCUACAGGAUUGGUGCCAUCAGACUCAUUACCUGCAUCUUCAGUUUCAUUAUCAUCUAUGUCUUCAACUUCUAGUCCUUCAAAGAAUAUCGCAAAUAAACCAAGAGUACCUAUAACUCCAAUUGUUUUCAAUACAGAUACUGCCAUGUCUAGCGAUCGUCUGCAGCCUACUGUGGACCCACCAUUGACCGCACCGCCUAAACCUGUCCCACAGCAGCCUGAUGCCCCUGUGUUCUCAUCCAAGUCUCAUCCUGCCAUUACUCACAACAGAGAAUCACAGCAGCGUGUCAAACUAAAAUCUUUCAAUUCAGCUCAUGUGAAAAACAAUAAAGUCAAACUCUUUACAAAGAGGAAAAGCAUUGAACACAGUGAUACAAAUAUUUCUGAGGACAGUGAUUUAUCCAACUCCUCAAACAGUACACCUUCCUCGUAUUCUGUAAAGACUGAAACAUCACUAACCAAACCAGCAACACACCAGAAAGGGGCAAGUUCUAACGCGUCGUCUAGCCAUUCACACAACCCAAUGUCAACUCCCAAAAAUCAUGGCAACACACACAGCCAUUUACCCAGUACAUCGGCGGUUAGUCUAGUCUCACCAUAUGAAAAGGAACCUGAUACGGCGGCCAGUGUAUACAAACAACCUGUACCUACAGAAACUGAACCAGUGAAAAAGUCCAGACCAUCUUUUGAGGACGAGUUCAGUUUUUUUGAUGAUGUUGGUUUGGAUGAUGACAAUGUAAUCUCUGGAGAUGUAGAGCCUAUUGAUGAUUUACUACAAGACAUUGAUGAUUUACUUGCAUAGCCCAUAUAUACAUAAUCAUUACUUUGUUUUUCAUUCAUGCAUUUGCUUUUCACUUCCUCACCUUGUGAAAUAAUUCAUUCAUUUUUUAUACAUUGUUUGGGUUGUAGCCACUUACUCCUGGACAGGCUCAUUUUAUAAAAUUGUAAAUAAGGACUAAUUUCAAACCAGCUUCCUAUUGAUGCUAAAAUAACAUUUGGUGACACUUAUUGUGUCAAAUAAAACAUCUAAAUUUUAAAUGUGAACUAACCAAAACUAACAUUGAACUGGUUUGUUCAUUAGGGUUUACUGUUUAUAAAAUUUUUUAUUGACAAAAGUAAAACAUAACAAUUAUAGUCCUGGUUGAAUACUUCUUUUUAAUGAAGAUCUGAAUUGAAACCAGAAUUAAAAACAAUUUAGAAUCAAGUUUGAAACAUGGGCAUUUGAUUAGUUAUCCAGUAUUAACAUUUAGUCAAUUGUAUAAAAUAUUUUGUUAGUUUCAAAAUCAUCUUCACAUGUUCAUUCCAAACUCACAGGCAGUGAAAAAAAACAUGUCAGUUACAUUUUCACUGUUCAGCAAGUAAAUUUUGUGCUUUAAUUUUAGUUAUUUAAAACACAAUUUGUGUUUGAAAAUAACUACUGUGAUUCAUGCUUUUGUGUAACUGGAAAGUUAUUGUAAUAACCUAUCAAGAUUUUUGAAUCAACAGAGGGUGUUGUUCUUUACCAAGUCACAUGUAUAUUUUCCCUGCAUUGUUUUCAUGUUG